CUAUUUUGAGGACGCUGGAGGAAAUAAGAUAAAAUUCUUCAGUUACCGAGGACAACCGAUGCCGAAAUUUCCUGGCGACAUGGGAUUGAGACUCAGACGGAUGAGCGAAUUCACCGCUCGCCAGGAGGACGUGUACGUGUGUGGAUAUCCCAAGUCAGGCGGAAAUUGGCUCUGGGAAAUCUGCAACAUGUUGCUGAUCGGAAAUACCGAAUACGUCAAAGGAAAUAAGAUGUUGGCUAUGCUGGAUUUUUGUGAUCAAGAACAUUUCGAUAAAAUGAGGUCACCAAGAUGUCUGAGUCAUCACUUACAGUUUGAAGACAUUCCACCGGAUGUGUUCAGGAAGGGAUCCAAGAUGGUAUACAUUUUAAGGAAUCCGAAAGAUGUCUGCGUCUCUCAUUACCAUCACCACAAGGGACUGGUUGGGGUGUAUGAUUAUCAUGGCAUCUGGCCGGACUACUUUGAGAUGUGGUUAGAAGGCAAAGCGGACUAUGGCAAGUGGUCAACUCAUGUGAAGGGAUGGGAAAGAGGGAUUAAAGAACAUCCAACUGCUCCUAUACAUGUUAUUUAUUAUGAAAGUUUGAAAAGGAAUUUCGAUUCCGAAGUACACAGGCUUGCUGAAUUUCUUUGCUUGCCGCGUAAUGAACCGUUUUUCAAGCGUUUGUCCGAAAAGUGUGACUUUGCCGCCAUGAAAAAAGGCAAGACCAAGGUCGGAUACUCGGAAGAAGAAAGACAACAAUGGCGGAACGGAGAAAUCGGGUUUUUAAGGAAAGGUGUGAUCGGCGACUGGAAAAAUCAUUUCACCACAGAUCAAAAUAAACGGUUUGAUAAAGUAUACGAGAAGGAAAUGAAAGACAGUAAGAUGCACAUUGUUUUUGAGUAAGAAGAUCGACACUACUGUGAGAAUUGGACAGUGUUUGUAUUGUGAGAAUUGGACAGUGUUUGUAUUGUGAG